CCGACAGAUCGCAAUACCGCCAAAAUGACGAUCAAGCACAACCAGCAGAUCCAGCACAACCAUUUCCGCAAGGACUGGCAACGCCGUGUCCGCGUGCACUUCGACCAGCCCGGUCGUAAGACCCGCAGACGCAAUGCCCGCCAGGACAAGGCCGCCAAGUUGGCUCCUCGCCCAGUCGACAAGCUCCGCCCUGUUGUCCGAUGCCCGACCAUCAAGUACAACCGCCGCGUGCGCGCCGGUCGUGGUUUCUCGCUCGUUGAGCUGAAGGAGGCUGGCAUCCCCCGCAAGCUUGCGCCUACCAUCGGAAUCUCCGUCGACCCUCGCCGCGCCAACCUGUCCGAGGAGGCUCUUGCCGUCAACGUCCAGCGCCUGAAGGCUUUCAAGGAGCGCCUGGUCCUUUUCCCACGCAACGCCAAGGUCACCAAGAACGGCGACGCACCCGAGAAGGAGGUCGAGGCCGCCAAGCAGAUUGGUCCUCACCUUUACGCCGGCAAAGUCAAGCAGAGCAACAAGGCUUUCCCCAUCGACAACAAGGUUGUCAUCAAGGAGGGCAAGAUCUCCGACUAUCCGGCCACCGAGAACGCCUACCGUGUGCUCCGCGAUGCCCGCAGCGACGCCCGCCUGGUUGGCAAGCGCGAGAAACGUGCGAAGGCCAAGGAGGAGGAGGAGAAGGACAAGAAGAAAUAGAGGUUUGCACCUCUGAUUUCGUCCGGGAAGUGAUUCUUUGCAUGCAUGGCGUUGGGCGGAUGGAAAACUACUAUGACCACGGCAUUAUGGGCUGCCAGGCAUAUGGGAACGACCCAUGGAAUGAUUGUAGCAUAGCAAGUCGCAUGCUCAAAGCUUCUGCAAACGAAUCGCUGUCCCGC